UUCACUGGCCACUGAUCUGGGGUACCCUCUUCAGCUUUUGGUUGUCCUGGAGAAUCCAGAUGUCUCUAGAGCCGCCUCUGUCACCCUGUGACCUGCAGGUGCCGGAAGAUUUGUAGGGACGACACCGGGACAUCCCAGAAGCUGGGAAAUGGAACUCUUGACAUUCAGAGAUGUGUCUAUAGAAUUCUCUAUGGAUGAGUGGGACUGCUUGGACCCUGCUCAGCAGAAUUUGUAUUGGGAUGUCAUGUUGGAGACCUACAGACACCUGGUCUUCCUUGGGCUUGCUGUCUCCAAGCCAGAGCUCAUCACCUGUCUGGAGCAAAGGAAAGAACCCUGGAUGGUGAAGACUCACCAGACAGUGGUCAAGCACCCAGUUAUAUCUAAUGAUUCUACCCAGAGUAAUUCACAAGUGCUGGGCAUGAAUAUUUUAUUACCAGAGAUAACCCUGAGAAGAUAUGAAAAUGAUAGCCCUGAGAAUUUCAACUCAAUAAAAGACUGGGAUAGGGUAUAUGAAUAUAAACAGCAGAGAGUAUGUUACAAUGGACUAAACGUAAGUUUAACAGCUAUGCAUGGUGAAAUCUACCAAUGCAGUAAACAUUUCAAAGUUGUCAGAAAAUUAUCAAAUGUAAAUACACAUAAGAUGAUAUAUACCAGGGAAAUAACAUUGGAAUGUAAAAAAUAUGGGAAAGCCUUACAACUAUGCUCAAACGUUGAUAAACAUAAGAUAACCCAUUUUGUGGAAAAGCAGUACAAAUGUAAAGAAUGUUGUAGAGUCUUUAAAUCUUGCUCAAGACUAUCUAAGCACAGGGGACCUCAUACUGCAGAGAAAAUCUACCAUUGUGAGAAUGAUGACAAGUGUCUUAGCCACAGCUCAAAAUAUUCUAACUAUAGGACAAUUUAUAAUGUAGAGAAACCCUACAAAUGUAAAGAAUGUGACAAAUUCUUUAACCAUUACUCAUCCCUUUCUGUACAUAAAAGAAUUCAUUCUGGGGAAAAACCCUACAAAUGUGAAGAAUGCGGCAAAGCCUUUAAUCAGUACUCAUCCCUUUCUAGACAUAAAAGAAUUCAUUCUGGAGAGAAACCCUACAAAUGUGAAGAAUGUAGCAAAGCCUUUAAGGAUUCCUCAACCCUUUCUGUACAUAAAAGUAUUCAUUCUGCAGAGAAACCCUACAAAUGUGAAGAAUGUGGCAAAGACUUUAAGAAUUCCUCAAACCUCUCUGCACACAUGAGAAUUCAUUCUGGAGAGAAACCCUACAAAUGUGAAGAAUGUGGCAAAGACUUUAAAGAUUCCUCAAACCUCUCUGUACACAAGAGAACUCAUUCUGGAGAGAAACCCUACAAAUGUGAAGAAUGUGGCAAAGCCUUUAACCGGUCCUCAACCCUUUCUGUACAUAAAAGAAUUCAUUCUGGAGAGAAACCCUACAAAUGUGCAGAAUGUGGAAAAGCCUUUAAGAAUUCCUCAGCCCUUUCUGUACAUAAAAGAAUUCAUUCUGGAGAGAAACCCUACAAAUGUGAAGAAUGUGGAAAACUCUUCAAUCAGUACUCAUCCAUUUCUGUACAUAAAAGAAUUCAUUCUGGAGAGAAACCCUACAAAUGUGAAGAAUGUGGAAAAGCUUUUAACCAGUACUCAAACUUUUCUGUACAUAAAAGAAUUCAUUCUGGAGAGAAACCCUACAAAUGUGAAGAAUGUGGAAAAUCAUUUAAGGAUUUCUCACACCUUUCUGUACAUAAGAGAAUUCAUUCUGGAGAGAAACCCUACAAAUGUGAAGAAUGUGGAAAAGCCUUUAACCGGUCCUCAACCCUUUCUUUACAUAAAAGAAUUCAUUCUGGAGAGAAACCCUACAAAUGUGAAAAAUGUGGAAAAGCCUUUAAGAAUUCCUCAGUCCUUUCUGUACAUGAAAGAAUUCAUUCUGGAGAGAAACCCUACAAAUGUGCAGAAUGUGGAAAAGCCUUUAAGAAUUCCUCAGCCCUUUCUGUACAUAAAAGAAUUCAUUCUGGAGAGAAACCCUACAAAUGUGAAGAAUGUGGAAAACUCUUCAAUCAGUACUCAUCCAUUUCUGUACAUAAAAGAAUUCAUUCUGGAGAGAAACCCUACAAAUGUGAAGAAUGUGGAAAAGCUUUUAACCAUUUCUCACACCUUUCUGUACAUAAGAGAAUUCAUUCUGGAGAGAAACCCUACAAAUGUGAAGAAUGUGGAAAAGCCUUUAACCGGUCCUCAACCCUUUCUUUACAUAAAAGAAUUCAUUCUGGAGAGAAACCCUACCAAUGUGAAAAAUGUGGAAAAGCCUUUAAGAAUUCCUCAGUCCUUUCUGUACAUAAAAGAAUUCAUUCUGGAGAGAAACCCUACAAAUGUGCAGAAUGUGGAAAAGCCUUUAAGAAUUCCUCAGCCCUUUCUGUACAUAAAAGAAUUCAUUCUGGAGAGAAACCCUACAAAUGUGAAGAAUGUGGAAAACUCUUCAAUCAGUACUUAUCCAUUUCUGUACAUAAAAGAAUUCAUUCUGGAGAGAAACCCUACAAAUGUGAAGAAUGUGGAAAAGCUUUUAACCAGUACUCAAACUUUUCUGUACAUAAAAGAAUUCAUUCUGGAGAGAAACCCUACAAAUGUGAAGAAUGUGGAAAAUCAUUUAAGGAUUUCUCACACCUUUCUGUACAUAAGAGAAUUCAUUCUGGAGAGAAACCCUACAAAUGUGAAGAAUGUGGAAAAGCCUUUAACCGGUCCUCAACCCUUUCUUUACAUAAAAGAAUUCAUUCUGGAGAGAAACCCUACAAAUGUGAAGAAUGUGGAAAAGCCUUUAAGAAUUCCUCAGUCCUUUCUGUACAUAAAAGAAUUCAUUCUGGAGAGAAACCCUACAAAUGUGCAGAAUGUGGAAAAGCCUUUAAGAAUUCCUCAGCCCUUUCUGUACAUAAAAGAAUUCAUUCUGGAGAGAAACCCUACAAAUGUGAAGAAUGUGGAAAACUCUUCAAUCAGUACUCAUCCAUUUCUGUACAUAAAAGAAUUCAUUCUGGAGAGAAACCCUACAAAUGUGAAGAAUGUGGAAAAGCUUUUAACCAGUACUCAAACUUUUCUGUACAUAAAAGAAUUCAUUCUGGAGAGAAACCCUACAAAUGUGAAGAAUGUGGAAAAGCCUUUAACCGGUCCUCAACCCUUUCUUUACAUAAAAGAAUUCAUUCUGGAGAGAAACCCUACAAAUGUGAAGAAUGUGGAAAAGCCUUUAAGAAUUCCUCAGUCCUUUCUGUACAUAAAAGAAUUCAUUCUGGAGAGAAACCCUACAAAUGUGAAGAAUGUGGAAAAGCCUUUAAGAAUUCCUCAGCCCUUUCUGUACAUAAAAGAAUUCAUUCUGGAGAGAAACCCUACAAAUGUGAGGAAUGUGGAAAACUCUUCAAUCAGUACUCAUCCAUUUCUGCACAUAAAAGAACUCAUUCUGGAGAGAAACCCUACAAAUGUGAAGAAUGUGGAAAACUCUUCAAUCAGUACUCAUCCAUUUCUGUACAUAAAAGAGUUCAUUCUGGAGAGAAACCCUACAAAUGUGAAGAAUGUGGAAAAUCCUUUAACCAGUACUCAAACCUUUCUGUACAUAAAAGAAUUCAUUCUGGAGCGAAACCCUACAAAUGUGAAGAAUGUGGAAAAGCAUUUAACCAGUACUCAAACUUUUCUGUACAUAAAAGAAUUCAUUCUGGAGAGAAACCCUACAAAUGUGAAGAAUGUGGAAAAUCCUUUAAGGAUUUCUCACACCUUUCUGUACAUAAGAGAAUUCAUUCUGGAGAGAAACCCUACAAAUGUGAAGAAUGUGGAAAAGCCUUUAACCGGUCUUCAACCCUUUCUGUACAUAAAAGAAUUCAUUCUGGGUAGAAACCCUAUGAAUGGGAUCGGUGUGGCAAAGCCUUUAACCAGUACUCACACCUUUCUGUACAUAAAAAAAACAAAAUUAUUCUGGAGAGAAACGUUACAAAUAUGAAUAGUGUGGGAAACCAUUUAACUCAGGGUCAAACCAGCCUGUAUAUUAAAAAAUAAUGAGAUAACAUGGAAACCCUAGAAAUGUGAAGAAUGUGUCAGUACCUUACUUGGUGUUCAUAACUUAUGAAGCUUAUAGGAAUUUAUUCAGGAGAGAAAUCCUACAACUGUGAAGGGUGUGGUGAUGCACUUUAUCAGAGCUCAAACUUAACUACACGUAAGAAAAUUCAUAUUGGAAUGAAAUCUUACAAAUGAGAAUAAUAUGGCAAACGUUUUAACUGAUUCUUGGCCCUUACUAAACAUAAGAGAAAACAUGUCAGAGAAAAAUCACAAUAUGAAGGUGUGUGGAAGCUUUAUGUCAGAAAUCACAGUUUUCUGUACACAGUAGAAUUCAUGUUGAACAGAAAGGCUAUAAAUGUGAAGAAGGUGACAAGGGUUUAACCUCUACUCAAACAUUUCUCUAUGAAAUUUAUGACAGAGGAAACCCCUACAACUGUGAAGACAGUGUCGAAUCCUAUAACCAGGAUUCACACAUUUUAGUACAGAACAGAAUUCACAGAGAUACUCCACAUAUGUGAAGAAUAUGACAGUGUCUUUAAAUAUUUCUCAUACUUUUCUAAUCAUAAUUCAUAUGGAAGAAAUUCUCUACAAAUUUCAAUGAUGUCUUAAAGUUGUGUUUAUCCUCUUUGAUAGGGCUGGAGAGAGAUAGGGGCAGAUGAUUCUAAGGCAUCCCUUGUCCAUAAUAAUAAGGAACAAAAAUGCCAGAGUGGGCUGCCAAGGAAGAAAAGCAUUUCAGGAAGGCUUUCAAAAACUGAACUGAUGUUUGCUCUACAAAAAUGACUGUCAUUUGUAGAGAGACGCCAGUGUGGAGAUACGGCCAAGGUCACAAAAGUGGGUCUUUGCAGCAUGCAUACAAGUAAGAUGACAAUAACCUGAAGGGACCCAUUUUUAUAAACACAGUAAAAUAUUCACCACUUUUAUCACAGUUUAGAAAUAGAAAUUGCUUUACAGGGAUAGAAAUUGGAGGAUUCUCCAUCUCUCCAUUUGAGAAUUUUCCCGUUUCCAGUAAAAAUAGUAAAUAUAUUACCCCCGCCACCACUUAACAUAGAUUUGGAAAAUUAUCAUGAAGGGGAAAAAAUCUCACUAACCCAGGGUGUUCCCCACUUGAUAAGGUAGAUGUCUCCCUUCUCUGGAGUGUACUGUGCUUUAAUAAACUUUGACCUUUUGCUCACUUGUACCUACUUGUUCUGCCCAUUUGUUCCACUGUCUUGGUACCAGUAACUAUGCUGUGUCACCUGGAACCAAAAACCAGGGAUCACACACUUGACAUCUGUUCCCCGUAUGUGACAUUUUAGUUCCA